AUGGUCGCGAACAAAGAGUAUCUCUACUGGUUUCAAACCAGAAUACAGGGUGUUUAUAGGCAUUCACCGCGAGAGAGAGUGAGAGAAUCGAAAAGAGCAUAUUUUGACAAAAUUCCUGUCUCUGUUCUUGGAAGGUCGUUAGUUUCUGUGACAGAUUUUUCCUUAAUCUCAGAUCUCUCUCCUCUCCCUUUCCUUGUGGCCCAGGUGGAAUCGCAAUACUUCGAUCUGUGGCUCCAAUUCUGCACUUCCAGCUCUUCGGCCUUCCCAAAAAUUUCAUCUUUUUCUUGGACGAUCGAAUUCCCCGGUGGCUGCUGGCGGCGUUGCUGUGCUUGGUCUCGCCUCGCCGCUCUUCUGGGUUCCCCACUGGCGCUGUCAUGUCUGCAGCACGCCGAACUUGCCCAGCCGCUUGGGUUCCGGGUGUUCCGCGCCAAAUCUGCUGCGGCAGUGCUGCCAAGAUGGAUGAGAGUGAAAGGUGAUGUUGGACAUGGCGGAGUAUCAUACAGAAUAUUAUGGAAGUUGAAGCCUAAAGUUGAAAUUCGGCAUCAGUAAACACACUUCAUUUUGGAUGGCCACAUGACAAUUGCUGCAGUGAUGUCAAACUAUUCUGCAUUAACUAUUUGAUUUAAGGGGAAUCACAUCUGAUUUGCAGCCGCCUGUUGCUUGCUUGCUUGGUAAUUCCACGUCUCACCUUGUCAAGCUACAAUUUAUUAGUAGAAAAACUUUUGAACUUAGCUUUCCUAUAGGCUUUUCUUUAGCACUGUUGGUUCUUUAGUUAGUCAUGGAAUUUUGUCUUUUAAGAAAUGUGCGAAUCUGUUGAAAGACAUCAAAUAGAUGUUGGAUGAGCACCAGUAAAUUUGUAUACUUGCCUGCUCGCUUAUUCUUUAUUUUUCAGUCAAUCAUACUUAGGUUGGUAUGGAACUACAGAUAU